AAAUAUUUUUUCCCGCCUUUUUUGAAAAUUUUCGAGGCGUUAGUCGAGCUGAAUACACGUGUCUUUCAUCGAUGUUCAUUUUCUAACACUGUUUCAGAAUGUCCCUGUCACAGAAAAAGGACCUUCUCGAUGAACUACAUAAUGAGGCUGCAAAAUGGUUGGCAGUCCUUCUCGAUUUGUGUAAAAAUGUAAAGGCGCCAGAGAACCAGCGAAACCUAGUCGCCUGGGCACAGAAGUGGAUGGAUGGGGCCGGAACACUCACUGACGAGCUUGAAGAUUUUUCCAUACGUGUUCACGUGGCAGAAACUGUGUCGGAGAUCAAUCCUGCCGACAAUGCUCCAGUUAUGGAAUGCCUUGUUGAUGUCGUCAAUGCAAUAAAUUCCAUCACACAAAAUAUGUACAAAAUUGUCAAUAACGACCAGAACAAGCGAUUGUUCAUCGCAAAGUCAAAUGCUCAAAGAAAGCAUGCAAAGUUAUUGAAUGAGAAGGAAAUUGUUAUGAGACGACUGGAGCAAUUGAAGAAAGAGCAGCUGAAGAAAACAAUGGAAUCCGAAAAAAAACUGAGAGAUCUUCAAGCUGAAAAUAUCCGGCGAGAUUUUCAAGAGCAGGCUCGUUCACAAGCUAUGAGAGAUCACGAAGUUUACCUUGCUUAUGCGGAAGCCAUUAAUUCUGUAAACGUUACACCUCAUUUCGAACAUUUUGAGACCCCUGCGGAAGACAUUUCUACACCCUUUGAAUCGCCCAAUCUUCCGAGAAAACGUCGCUCUCGCAGCCUUGGCCGGAAAGUUUUGGGAUCUGUCAAGAAAACAAUCCGCAGAAGCGUAUCAGCUAUUCACGACUACAUCGAUCAUCAUCACAAAUAAGACGCCUAAAUUUAUUUCUUACAGAUGAUAACUCUAUAUUGUUCAUUUCAUAGCUUUUAUAUAAGUCGUUUUUCAUGUACCAUAAAUAUAUUCACAAUAUCAAUU